GGGCAAGUAGGCGGAGCCUCAGACCACAAGGUUGGCAUCCUUCCCCGUCUGUCUUCCGGCUUCGCCUUCGUCCCAGCUAGUGCACCCAGCUUGGUAUCAGUGUCCGUCCAGGCUCACAAAGGACCGCUAUCAUCUCAUCUUCGUCCACCGUCGUCAAGAUGUCAUCAGCUGUGUGGGUAUUGGUCGUGUGCGUCGGGGUGACAAUGGCGGCUCCUGGAGUCUUUCACGAGGCUACCAAGAUUGUUAGUGUCCCUGUCAUCAGCGUACCACACAAGACCUUCAGCUUCAAUCACGAGGCAGUAGCUAGCUCUCGCCUGGACACCAGCAUUCCUGUCGCCACCAAGACCGUAGUCGCGCCUCCCCCAAGUAGUGAAGUCACUGUCUUCAAGACCCACUCAGGAAACUCUCAGUUCUUGGCAGCUCUUGACUCAGCUGGAGUGAGUCUUGCCAAUGCUCUGGGUAGGGCUGCCACCAGCCUCGGUGACUUCCUGAGCCGUUUGGCGAGUCCUGGAACCUACUACAAGACUGUCGAGGUUCGUCAACAGCCUGCCGUCAGUGUCGUGCAUUCCGCAUCCGCCGUUGCACCCGUCGCUGCACCCGCCGUUGCACCCGUCGCUGCACCCGCCGUUGCAGCCACCCACGAAGCCGGUAGCCACUUCUUGCUGAAGUCAAAGACGAAGACGGUGUACUAAGUCUGACCAGUCAAGUUGUUGUGGUGUCCUGAUCUUCCUCGUCUUGUGAGUUCCAUCACGCAAGUCGCAUCGAUGCUGCGGUUUCAGAUUUUAUAAAAUUGUGUUAGUUGGGAAGGGUUUGUGUCCCUUAGAUUCUACAAAUUAUGAGCAAAAUUUAAGCUGCUGGAGGAAGAGGUUGGGGGUCACACAACAACUGAAGAAGACCUCAGAGCUUAAAAGGAGAAGAGAGAAAGUUUUUCACUAUUAAGCGAGGUGGCUUUUUUUCCCCUUGAGUUUUGAUUCCAAGUCAAAAUAACGCUUGUAGAGACGAUCCACUGAUGUUAUGCUCUUACUGGAAUUUCUCUCUCUCUCUCUCUCUCUCUCUCUCUCUCUCUCUCUCUCUCUCUCCUCUCUCUCUCUCUCUCUCUCUCUCUCUCUCUCAACUAAAUACCAGAACUGGUUUCUCGCUAAGGCGAGGACUAGUGGCAAGAGGUUACUUUAGGGCUCAGAGGUCACAACAUACUGAGAUUAAGGUCAAGGUUUAGGUCAGGUCAGUUGAGAGCCUACAUAGUACAGGUCAGGCCACUUGGAAAAAAUGUGUAUGCACAAGUCAGGUCACUUGACAACCUAUGUAUGUAUACGUCACUUUUGAAACUGUGCAUGUAUUGGCCGUGUCAAUUAUGCACCUGUGUUCAGGUCAGGUCACAUAAAAACCUAUGUAUGUGCACUCCAAGUUGCUUGAGGCCCUGUAUAUGAGUAGACUCCAUGUGCCUACCUACUACUGAUUCCAUUUAUUAAUGUUGUUGCUGUUACCUAUGUUAAGUUUAUUUUGAGGAAGAGGAACAAAUGAUAAAUGAUAAGAAAAAUUAUUAGAAUGAGAAAUUAUGGUGAAAAGUGGGGUUGAUGAUAAUGACAACAGUGAUGAAGAAUGUGGAGAAGAUGGUGAUGUUGAUGAUGAAGACGAUUGUAAAUAAAGAACAAGAAAAUUAAUGCAAGGAAAAAAAAUCAGAUUCAUCUGCAAACACACAGCUGCAUUAUUUUCAAUCCCAACUUUAACUACAUGAGAUAAAUUUCCGCAAUAAAAUUGAAAGAUUGAUGGAUAUAUAGUCUGUUUGUGAUGCUCCAACUUUAAAUACAUUUGUAUCUCUUUACAGAAUACAUUUGUUCUUGUAGAAUACAUUUGUUUUUGUAGAAUACAUUUGUACCUCUUGUAGAAUGCAUUUGGUCUUGUAGAAAACAUUUGUUCUUUUUGAAUUCAUUUAUAACUUUUAUUUAAUAAAUUUGUAAAUCCA